GCCUCCGGCUGGGCUCCGGCUGGGCUUGGGGUUGGGGCCAGGGAUGCAGCAGCUGGGCCGACCUGCCGGGCUUGGGCUGUGGCCGAGGGAUGGCGAACGUGCGGGUGGCAGUGAGGGUUCGGCCCCUCAGCAAGAGGGAGACCAAAGAAGGGGGAAGAAUUAUUGUGGAAGUUGAUGGCAAAGUGGCAAAAAUCAGGAAUUUAAAGGUGGACGGUCGACUCGAUGGCUUUGGCGACUCCCGGGAGAAGGUUGUGGCAUUUGGCUUUGAUUACUGCUACUGGUCAGUCAACCCGGAGGACCCCCAGUAUGCGUCUCAGGAUGUGGUGUUCCAGGAUCUGGGGACUGAAGUACUGUCUGGAGCUGCCAAAGGCUACAACAUAUGCCUUUUUGCCUAUGGGCAGACAGGCUCUGGGAAGACAUAUACCAUGCUGGGCACCCCAGCCUCUGUUGGGCUGACACCGCGGAUAUGUGAGGGUCUCUUCAUCCGGCAGGAAGACUGUGCCCCGCUGCCUUCCUCCUGCAGGAUUAAAGUAAGCUUCCUGGAAAUCUAUAACGAACGAGUGAGGGAUCUGCUGAAGCAGUCUGACCACAAGAAGUCCUAUACCCUUCGGGUCAGGGAGCACCCAGAGAUGGGGCCCUACGUACAAGGUUUAUCUCAACAUGUAGUUACCAACUAUAAGCAAGUAAUUCAACUCUUGGAGGAGGGAAUAGCAAACAGAAUCACAGCGGCAACCCAUGUUCAUGAGGCCAGCAGCAGAUCCCAUGCCAUCUUCACUAUCUAUUAUACGCAGGCAAUCCUGGAGAACAACCUCCCCUCUGAAAUUGCUAGCAAGAUCAACCUUGUGGACCUAGCAGGCAGUGAAAGAGCAGACCCCAGUUACUGUAAAGACCGGAUUACGGAAGGAGCCAAUAUCAACAAAUCUCUUGUGACUCUGGGAAUUGUCAUCUCCACCUUAGCCCAGAAUUCUCAGGUAUUCAGCUGCCAGAGCUUCAACAGCGCAGCCAGCAAUGGUGGUGACAGUGGGGUCCCUAGCUCCCCUUCUGGGACCAGCAGUGGAGGGGGACCCUCCCGGAGGCGGUCGUACAUCCCGUACCGGGACUCCGUUUUGACCUGGCUGCUGAAGGACAGCCUUGGAGGCAACUCCAGAACCAUCAUGGUUGCCACCGUGUCUCCUGCACACACUAGCUACAGUGAGACCAUGAGCACGUUGAGAUAUGCAUCCAAUGCCAAAAACAUCAUCAACAAGCCACGAGUAAAUGAGGAUGCGAACGUAAAGUUGAUCAGAGAACUCAGGGAGGAGAUAGGAAGACUGAAAGCCAUGCUGCUGAGCUUCGAGUUGAGGAACUUCCGUUCAUUGAAUGAGGGAAAGGAUGAAAACCUGAAGGAGUUGGUUCUCCAAAAUGAAUUGAAGAUUGACCAGCUGACCAAAGACUGGACCCGGAAGUGGAACGAGUGGAAGGCCCUGGUGGAGCAUUACAGAGUGGACAUCAACAGGAGGAGGGCCGGGCUGGUCAUCGACUCCAGCCUGCCGCACCUCAUGGCCUUGGAAGACGACGUGCUCAGCACGGGUGUCGUGCUCUAUCACCUCAAGGAAGGGACGACAAAAAUAGGAAGGAUUGACUCAGAUCAGGAACAGGACAUUGUCCUGCAGGGUCAGUGGAUCGAGAGAGACCACUGCACCAUUACCAGCGCCUGUGGGGUUGUUGUCCUGCGGCCUGCCCGCGGGGCCCGCUGCACCGUCAAUGGUCGGGAGGUCACCGCCUCCUGCCGUCUGACCCAAGGAGCAGUCAUAACCCUGGGGAAAGCGCAGAAGUUCCGAUUCAACCACCCAGCAGAGGCUGCCGUCCUUCGGCAGAGGAGGCAGGUUGGAGAGGCUGUUGGUGGCAGUGGCUCUUUGGAGUGGCUAGACUUGGAUGGAGAUGUCACUGCCUCCCGGUUGGGUCUCUCCCCUUUGCUUUGGAAGGAAAGGAGGGUGCUGGGAGAGCAGAGUGACGGGGCCCGUCAGCCCCCAAGUGCUGGAGAGACACCCCCCAGGACCCAGGUUCAGCAGCAGCAGUGCUACGUGGGGGAUCUGAGGCAGCGAAUCGUAGCGGCACAGAUUCGAGCCAGACAGACACCAGAACUGGACCGGACAAGCAUCAGCUGGCGGAUUAAAGACGAUAAGCAGCGGCUGCUUGGAGAAGAGACCCGGCCAUCUGGCUUGCAGCAGCAGCCACAGCAGGACCGUGGAGCAGAGAGAGAAGUUGAGGCUGCCGUGCCAUCUGAUUCAUGGUGUCGGACAGACCCUGAGACCCAGCCGUCCUCCCUGGUCCAAAGCCGGAAGAGGACAGUGCAGCCACAGCUCCUGCGGAGACACACACUUAGGGUGGCAGAGCGCAGCUUCCGGCGAAGAAGGGUCUCGUUCCAGCUGGAGAGGAUCGUCAAGAAGCAGAGGCUGCUGGAGGCCCACAGGAGACCGGAGCUGCUCAAGGCGCUGUGCCUGCUCCAGGAUGGCCAUCCCUGGAGGCUCCCUGGCCCUGGCACCCUGGUCCCAGGGCCUCAGUGUAGGAGCAGAUUGACAAGUUACAGUUCUUUGAGCCUCCAAAGGCCGUGCGGCUGGCACUCACCCCAGCUACACAGCGUUUCCCUGAGUCUGGAUACCUUCACCACGUCACCGCCUAUGCCUGACCCCACUGACCAGUUAUCAGAGAAAAUCUCAUCAGAAGAGUAUUUGCCCCAAGCUACUUCUUACUCUCCAACGACAGGGCAUUGCAGCAAACAUGCCCUCUGCUCCUCAAGCAAGGGGCAGCUCUGCACAGCCAGGAAGGGAGCCUCAGCCCCAGGCACCUGCCUCAGCGUGAGUUCCGAGUCUGCCAGCGUCCAGGAGAUGGAGAGAGUGGGUAAGCAGCCCUGGUGGAUGGUGUCCCAGAAUUUAGUAUCUCUGGGCCAGUCAGCUAAUGAACUGAAACCAUGGGGCAAGCCAGAACCUUCUCUCUUCUCAUUCCAGACCAGGAGGGCUAAGGGACUAACACCAGCAGGGUGGCAAAACGAAGGGAAUCUUGGGACACAUGAGGCUGCUGAGGGAGCCAGCUGCAGUUCCUCACAUCCCUGUGGACCUACACAGGCAGCUGGGCGUGGAAACGAGGCCAGGACUUUCUGGGCCAGUCCACACCACCUUCUCCAUGUGGGGGCAUCCAAAAGGCAGCAGAGGGUCCUGGCAGUUAGGGUCAGAGACCAGGCCCAGAAGUCCUCUUGUUUGCCUCACGGCAGCCCUUUGAAGAAGCAACACAGUGCAGGGGACCCAGACACCAUGGCCUCACUCAUAGAUUCCAGCCCAGUAGUGGAUCAUGUAAGAGAAAAAGGUGGUGGUUUACCUGACACAGAUAGUGGUUACUCAGUGGAUUCUCUCUCCUGUGUCUGUGCCCAAGCCUUCUCGGAGCCGCUGAUUCCAGAGGGGCCCCAGGGGAAGAAGUGGGAUCUUCCAGAGCCAGAGAACUCUGAAAGUGACGACAGCCAAAUAUCUGAGGACUCCCUGGCCGAGAAGGGGUGCCGAAGCCUGCGGGACAGCCCAGGGGACAGUUACCUCACCAGUGGCCAUGGCCACCCAAGGGCCAGAGCUGGAGCCUCUGUGAGGGUCUUCACCACAUCCUCAGACAGUGGACUGUUCACCCAGACUCAGAAAAGCUUUUCCCUUGACAGCCUGAUUGAUGCUGAGGAAGAACUCAGGGACCAUCGACAAGAAGAGCCUUUCUUUGGUUCAGCUGACGAGAUGCCCACAGAGACUUUCUGGCGCUUGCAGCCCUCCAGUCUGCCCGGUAGGGACCAGGAGGCAGCAUGCAGGCUUGGUGCCAUCAAGCACAGGACAGGAGCCAGGCUGGAUGCCAUCCUGCCAGUGAGCAGUUCAUUUUACCUGGAUCCACAGCCCCGCUGUGAGCAGCCUGAGCUGGCGGUGGAGGCAAACUCCUCUGAACAAGCGCCUGCUGUCCAAGACGUGCAGCUUUCAAGAGGGAGCCCUCUGGUGUCUGUGGAUUCCUGGUUUUCCUGUGACUCCAAGAUCAAUCCCAGCAGCCCCUCAGAUUCUUUAUGUCCGAGUCCUAAUGUCCAGGAUUUUCAGCCUUGUGGUUGGAAGAGGCCUGGAUACUGGCUAAACACGGGAGAACCAAAGUCAUCGGGUACAGAAACAGCUCCAUCGUAUAGCUCCAAACUGCCUCAGGGUGGUGCUGAGCUGCCCUGCAGCGUCAGAGGUGUGCACGCAAUCCCUGCUUCUGAUAUGACCAGGCUGUCACUCUGGGGCCCUUACAGGCUUCUCCAGUCAGGAGCUGAUGGCACCUUUCAGGCCAGAGGUGUCCCUGACGCGGCCCAGCAGGGCGUCUCUGAAGCUUCCGACUCUAGCGUGUCGAGCUUGUUGGCUGCCUCUGCCAGCUCAUUCACUUACAUCGGCAGUGCUGGUGAGAGAGACUGGGCCGCCCUUCAGCAAAAGUACCUUCUUGAACUGUCUCAUCCUGCUUUGGAGGCCACAGGAGAGCCCAGGUCAGCUUUUGCCUCCCUCGAAAGAGACUCUGGUUCCCUGACCCAGGCUUCUGACAAGGGAGGAGAUGCUCUAUUGCCAGUUGGUUCUGGGAUACCUAGGAGUCUGGACUUCAGCAGCUUUCCUAGUCAUCUAUCCAAAAUUAAGCGUUUGAGAGCAGAGAAAGAACAGGACAGUUUGAGUGUCGAGGUAGAAGGCACUUCAGAUUUUUUUACAGCUAGUGAGAAGGUGAGUUGUAGUGGAACUUACUCGGCAGAUGUAGAAUCCUCAGCUUCUGGAAUGACACACGCGCAGGCCUCCGCAGCAGAGAACAAGUCGGUGCAUCCCAUGAGGGAAGCACCUGAAGUCAAAGAGAACAGCUUGGAAGAGUCCUCUCAGAGUAGCCAGAAACCUGAACUGAUGACGUCCUCUGAUGAAUGUUUCUUUCUGAAGAGCCCUUGUCACAGUGUUGUCACCAUGGCCACCAAAGACCGCCAUCAGCCCCGAGGCAGGGCUCCCUUCAGGAGGAGCAGUGCAGACCAGGCGGGGCAAUCAGGUCAGAGCAGCCAGUACCCCCCACAGGAAGAGAGCAGAGACUCCCAGGAGAGCUCCCAGGAAGCGGUGGGAAGGCACAGCAGUCUUCCCUUUGCCUUGCCGUCGGGUCCCGAGCUGUACCUCCACUCUGCUCCCUGGAACCCACUCCCGUCUUCCUUGCAGCCACCUCCCUUGGAAACAUUCUAUGUGACCAAGAGCCGGGAUGCCCUGACGGAAACUGCCUUGGAGAUCCCGGCUUGCAGAGAAGCGAGAAUGCCUUCCCCGCCCCCCAGAGAAGCCUGGGGCUUUGGGCCCAACCACCGAGUCAUCCAGAAUGUCUCUGUGAAGAAUAAACUGCCAGUGCCAUCACACAACCAGAAUUCCAAGAUGGUCCCAUCUCAGCAGGGGACAGCAGAGAGGCCAGUUGUUCAGAACACCGGGGAGGUUAGUCAAGAAAAGUGGAAACGCCCUGGAAAUGUUAAAGAAGAAAACCUUAAUUCAGUUUAUUUUUUUGUCACUCAGAACAGACAUUUUCUUCCCUCUACCAGUGUAAAAGUAUGUGAAUUUGAAAAUCAAGUUGGAAUUUUAAAUAAACACAGUCUUCCAACACUCAGGCAGGGAGAAAAGGCCUCUGUACAGUCCUCCUGCGGGGUCUGCUCAGACAGUGCUGGGUCUGGGGAGCCUCUCCUUGUGUGUGAACCUGAGACAGGUGGGGAAGAAGAGCAGGGGCAGAGUGCAGCCCUCAGACAGACCCAGGCCUUUGACACGAAGGGACAGUUUCAUUCUGGGAUCAGGUCUGAGUUCAUCUAUAAAACCAUCAGUUUAGGCCCUGACAAGGACGUGCUAGGGGAGGCUGCUCCUUCUUUGAAGCCCAGACUGGUACAUCACAGAGUAAGCAGCCCAGAGACAGCGGCCCAGGAGGAGAGUCCGACCCACGAGGGAGAAGGGAGGAAUGAAACUGGGCUUCUUGGAAAAGCUCUCCGUCCCAAAGAUGGCUCAGAAGAGUUUAAGUUUCCACAGACAGAGUCUACAUGUGGAAGAGUCCAGUCAGUUACAUGCUCUCAAGAAAGAAGCCACAGUGAAAGCAAGGUCCCUGGAAAGGCACAAGAAAUGUUCAACUCCAGAGAAGCACCUUCUGGAAAGAAGUGGAAUAAAAGAGGUAAUAAUGCUGAUGAAAUGGCUAAGCUAAUUAAGAGUGUAGUGCAGCUGGAAAAUGGCAUCUUGGAAAUUGAAUCCAAGCAGAGUAAGCAGCUCUGUGCUUCCCACACACUGGGAGUCAGUAAAGAGUUUGUGUUCCAGGACCCGCAGGACCGGGAGAGGGCUGACUGUGUGCUGAGGGCAGGCAGUUCUGGAAAUCACGUAUCCUUCAAGGAUCAGCUCUCUUCUCCCAGACAGACAGAUGAUGUUAUCUUUAGGGAUGAGGAAGCUGGAGAAAUGGAGGUUAACAGUAGCAUUGGGAAGGAUCCCCAGGUCCAGAAAAUCACCCUGAGCCCGUUCAAGUUGAGGGAACGUGUACACAACAUCAAGUUUGUGAGAGGGCACACCUACCCAGCUGUGUUAGACAGACCUGCCAGGGACACUGGUGAGUUUUUAGGGGCAUGUAUGGCUUGCACCAACACCUCUGUUAAUCCAGGGAGAACGAAAGCAUUGGCUGGAGCUCUGUCACUGCAGCCCAGGCCUGAGAUGUCUGCUGAGGAGGGUGAGCUGCUGAAUGCAGUGCCCCCCCGAGGGCAGCCCUGGGACUUGGGAAGUCUUGAGGAGCUGGAGACUGUAAAAGGGUUUCAGGAAAGCCAACUGGCCAAACGCAUGCGUAGUUCUAAGCAAGAGGAGACAAAAGUUCAAGGCAGAGUUGAAGAAAUGGCUGUGCAAAGAGGGGGCCUACAGGAAGAAGACAAAGUGGUCUCAGGGACUCAGAAAGUCCCUGGUUCAUGCCAGCGUUGUGUGAGCAUGUCUUUUAGCCAAGAGAGUGGCCCGUUGUGGGGCCAGCCAGACUCCUGUGUGGCUCCUCACCAAGACCUGGGUAAUACGUUCCCCUUGAAUUUUCCAGGGCUGCCAGAAAGCUACCUUCAUACCCCUAAUACUGUAGACAUCUCUUCCGUUGACUGUGUGCUGGACCCCAUGAAGUUGAAAAUGCCCAGCAGCCCCUCAGUAACUGGAGCAGGGUGUCAGGACCAGCGUGGAGAGCCCAGAAGCCACGGCCUGCAGGGAGAAGUUAGAGGGGGCUCCCCUGUGGCACACACUGGUUGGUGUGGGUCUGUGAUACCCACGGCCAUGGCAUCUCACGGUCAAUCCAGUGCACCAGGGAGCAUUCCCCAGGGGACCGAGGGCAGGAGGUCAGCAAGCACCAGUCCCCAACACCACACAGGGGACCUCAGAAGCACCUCCACGGACUUGAGUAGCAGGGUGAGUUUUCCUUCCGAAGCCAAGGCAUCCAUACAAAGAGGAACGGGAAGAGCCAGUUCCCAGAACAGGGCUUCUAGCCCAUUUGAAAGGAAGGCUAGCUACCUCUUAGAAGAGCGGAACAGCCGAGACAGGGAGGUGAGGCCGAAGGCAGAGGAGGAGGCCAAGGACCUCAGUCCUGCCAGCGGUGCAUUCUCAGCACCUGUGUCCCUGCCAAGGGUGCCUCAGCCGGAGCCCUCUGCCUAUCCACCCACGUGCCAGGCUGUGUCGGAGGGGAUGGGACAGGCAGAGACCCAAGGGAAGCAGCUUCAGGACUUGGCGGCUGGGGGCACAGUUCUUCGCUACGAUGAGACUUCAUUAGAGGCUGAAAGUUCUUCACGGGCCCCAAGCAGGCCUCAGUGUCCACAAGUGGGCCAGCCAGUGUCAGACAGGACCAGAAAUGAGGGUGAAGCACAGGGAAAUCAUGUGGCAUCUCUCUCUCCUGAACCAGGACACCUGUCAAUUGAUGAGAGGACAUCUGUCCUUCAGGCCACACUCCCCUCUGCAGACAGCUUUCACCCUCAGCCUGACAAUAACACAGGGCCACAGUGUCCCUCAAAGACUUCUUCCCACGCUGCCCCUGCUCUAGGUAAAAGCCAUUGCACCGGAAAGCUGAGACAUUUCCUGGGAGCAAGUGAACAGUUUCUCUGUCACUCCAGCUCUUCUGAUGUCAUAGAGAAAAGGAAAGAAGCAACCAGAAGAACACCUUCCUCUGCUGAUCCUUUGGGCUCAGACCGGCUUCCUUCUCCUGCAGCUGUGGAGGAGGACAGGAAGGUCACAGCAGAGGAAGUAGUGGCAGCCUUACCUUCUCAGGCCCCUUUUGAUGAUCCUGGAGGGAUUCCACGUGGGCGAGGCCAGUUUGCUGCAUGGGAGGCUGCCGAGAAUGUGCCCCCGGCCAGUCAGGAGAGAAGCCCUGCCCACCAAGAACCUGGAACUCUGGACAACACAGGUUCAGGUAACUUUCUAGAGGCUGCACAAGGAGGAAAAACAACCUGUUUUGAAAGUCAGCUUUUGAUCUGUGAUGUUGAGAAUUCUGCCUGCCUCUCAGGGCCUAACCAAGACCAGGUCCAGUGCCUUGAAGCUUCUGCCAGCUUAGAAGAAGGGAGGGCAAGUCCCAGACAGGGUACUGUCCUCCCUGGAGCCCUGAGAAGGGUUGAACUGGAAGCUCCUUCGCAGCAGCACGUGAAGCGGGAGACGAGUGUUGGCUCUGGGCCAGCAGAAGCCUGCAGAGCUGGCAGUGAAGGUCCCAGGCCAGCUGCACCGCCAGAUCGUAGACCCACGCAAGUUAGAGAGGAGGUCCCACGCAGAUGCCCGCAGGAAAUUUCAGGUUGUGUUGCCUCUUGGGGAAGCAUUGAAGGUAGCAGGACCCUAAGGCCGUCAGGGGGCCAAGAAGACAGCGAAACUCAUUCUUGCCGGCAGCCGUGUGACCCUCAACCCAUUGCUCCCCACGCUCAUUCCUCUCCUUCCAUGCCUGUUCCUCCCUUUCCUUGCAGAGGUGGUGACCUGGGCAAGGGGACUUCCAAGGCUGCCCCACACACUUGCCAUCCACCCUGCAUGGUAGCCUCCAGGGCCAGGGUAAUGGAUGAGAGAGGAGAGAGCCAUUCCAGGGAGCCUGAUAUGCUCUUGGCACGUGGCCUUGAGCCCAAAGGCAUCAAUGUGGAAUUGAGGCCAGCAGAUGGCGACCCUCCAGAGCCCUCCAUUGCUGCUGCUGUCCUACCUCUGGCUCAAGGUGGCCACUCCCUUUCUGCCCCUGAUGGGAAGACAAGUUCCCUCAGCCACUUGGUUGCUGAUAAAAGGUCUGUAGGGGAUCCUGAGAAAACAUUUGCUGAGAAGAAAGCCGGUAUGGAGCUUGAGGCCUCUCCUUUCCUCACAAGCAGGUGCUCUGAGCCACCCAGGAGGUUUCAAGACAGCUCUGCUGGUGGCCAGAGAGCACAGGGCUCUCAGCCUAAGCCAGGACCACCUGCGACAGCUGGCAGACCACACACCCUGAAUUUAAGUGAAGGGUCUGUUGAGCAUGAGCUGCUGAUGGGACCCCAAGAUGGCACAAAUGCCAUCAGAUGCCUUCCAGAAAAGUCACAACGUUCCUCUGAGUCCAGGGAUCACAGUGGCUUGGAUCCUCAAGCCAAAUUUGUAGCAAAGUUAAAGUACAUCUCCAGUCCCUGGGUUGACAGUCCUUGGGAGGAGGAAGAGCAACAGAGAGACCAGGCUUCAGGUGGGGGUGAAGACCCUAUCCAGGGCAGCAGCCCCCUACACACUGAUGAAGGUUGCUUGGGCAGCUGUCAGAUAAGAGGUGCGGGUGGAGAGGAGAUGGCUGUGCCCAGGCCCACUGUGUCCAAGACGUUCUCAUCAGGCUUUGGAGACUCAGCCACUGUUCACCUGGAGCACCGUGGAGCACGUGGGCCUGCGGCCCAGGGCUCUGGGCCGCCCUCCCCUGGCGGAGAGCAGCUGGAGCCUCACCAUCGGCGCUCGCUUCCCGUGAUUGCAAUCUCUGGGCCCAGACACUGUGGACCACAGUUCUCUGUGGUCAGCUCUUCCCGGUCCCUUCAGGAGCUGAACGUGAGCGUGGAGCCUCCUUCACCCACAGAUGAGAAGAUACAGGAGCCUCGGAGACUGUGGACCCCACAUCCUGGGGGCUCUUCCUCAGGGAAGUCAGUAGUGAGACCAUCUCUGAAAGCUGAGGGCUGCGAUCAGGAGGCCUCACCUGAUUUGGGCGAUAGAGCUGCUGACCCCAGGCGCCUGCAAUCCGCCCCGACUCCGGACCCUCCAACUUCAGCUCUCUCGUGCAUGCCAACCCCUGAUCUCAUGGCCUCUCUGGAACAGGCCCAGCAGGGAAAGCCAGAGAGACUGGGUGGCCAGGCCAGGCCAGAGGAGCCUCAGUCUGAGGCAGGCGGAGGAGCACUACCCUCCGGCUCCAGCGGCAUCGAUCCCUGUGUCCUGCCCUGGCGUCCGGAGGGGCCUGUGCGCAUCGGCUGGAAGCAGUAUGGGUUUGGCAGUGCAGUCGAUGCCUCUCGUGGCCACACAUCCCAGGGCCUGAUACCACCCAGUGUGGCCCGGAGUUCCAGUGUCGACGAGGGCUUAGAAGACCAGAACUCCCCAUUGCGCUCCCACAGCGGCACCUAUGCGAAUGCCCGGGGCCUGUUGAGCACAUGCAGCAGCAUCCAAGAAGCCCAAGGUUCUCAUGAGCCCUGGGAAGUAUGGGGUUCCUCAUUUGCCCUGGGGACCCCCCACAUCCUGCUCAGCUCUGAAGGAGCAGCCCCCACUCACGGUCCUGACAGGAGAGCUCAGUUCCCGGGUACCCCUGAUGAAGCGAGCGGUCUGAGGAGGGAGCCCCCCCGGGCUGAAGGAAGUGCUGCAGGCCCAGUGGAUGAGAUUAUGCUGCUGUAUCCGGCAGAGGCGGGCGACCCUGCGGGACAACCCAGGAUGAGCACCUUGGAGCAGGGCACACAGACCCCGGGCUGCCGGCCCUGCUGGAGCUACACUGACAUCUCCUCUGCUCAGUCGGACCUGGCCUCCUGGGCCAGCAUGCACAACCUGUCUCUCCACCUCUCGCAGCUCCUGCACAGCACCUCAGAGCUGUUGGGGAGUCUCUCUCAGCCAAGCGUGGCUGAAAAGGAGCGGAAUGCCAAGAGAGAGACCCCAGGUGAGGCGCCCCAGGCCCUUAUGAUGGAUGGCUGCACUCAGACCACCACGGAUGAGGCCGUCCAGACUGACCGGGCCUCACUACCUCUGCACCUCCAGGCCCCAGAGGCCAACCCUCAGAAGAUCAGUGUGGUCCUUGACAGGCUGGGCUCAGAUAUGUCUGGCAUGUCCCAGAAACAGAGACAUGUCCCAGGGACACUUCAGAAGAGGAAGACAGAGGAAACAGGAUGGAAAACAACAGGGCCCCUCGAUCUUCAGGACGAAAGCACCCACUGCCGGCCCCGGAGCCUUCCAGUACCGUCACCCCACUUGAGUUUUCAGAAAGUCCCCUUUGGGCAGAACCUGCUUUCUGUGAGCCCCCAGCCUUCUCCUGAUGCCUCCCUGCCUCCCGGCCCCUGGCUAGAGGAACCCUCCUGCCUGGCUGUCAGCAGCCCCGGUCUCAGCACAUCUCUCUCCCCAGGGCCCUGCCCCGACACUGCAGAAUUCUUUAGGAAACCGAGGGUCCAGAAAGCACAGAGGCUCACUAGUGCCUUGCUGGUGGACAGGGCCUCCUCCCCGAUCCUCACACUUAGUGCCAGCCCCCAGGGGUCGGGGCUUCCCCCAGGUGCUUUAUUUCUCUCGGCCCCCCCAGCCCUUUCCCUCGAAGGCCAAAGGAUCCACAUCUCCAGCCCAGGCCUUCCCCUUUGUGCCCCCAGGCCUCCAGUGGGUCAUUAUUCUCACACCACUGAUGAAUCAGGUAGCUCCCAGAGACUGGGGGCUCCCUGUGGAGAAGGCAGAAGUUCCUUAGAAGGAGGUGAUCGCAGGUCCUUCCUUGAGGCGAGCUCCUCAGGCAGCCCACAGCAGAGCACAAAACUCCAAGUUCGUUUUGUUGAGCAGCCCCUGCAGCGGCGUCAGCCCAGGACCACCACCAGGGUCCAGAGCAGGCCGCUGCCUCCAGCACCGAGAAGCAGGAACCAGAGGGGGGCCGAUGGCUUCAUGCCUGAGGACAUGGCCUCCCUGGCGUGUGACCCACUGAGCAGCAGAGGACCGAGUCAACGGCAGAGCAGGACAGAGAGUGGAGGCGAGAGCUCAGCAUCUCCAAAGCCACCGCUGCCCACUCUGGACAUUCCCUCUUCACAGGGAGGCCCCCAGUGCCGCAGUCCCUGCCCUUUCUUUGAGUUGACUGAGGCCCCGGGGCUGCAGGGUUGCAUACUGGGCCUGACUGAGGCCUGCCAGCCUGAGGGGCUGCUGCGUCCAAGUUCCCAGAUGUGCACGGCCCCUGAGCCCCAGCUUCAUAGCCUGGGGGACCUCCCGGUACAUAACAAGUUUAGUGACUGGUGUGGGGUUCAGGAUGGCUCUCCUGGGGGUCUAGGUGUGAUGGAUUUGCCAGGGGCCAGAUGUGAUUGCAGCUCUGGAGAGCAGGGACAGAGGCCCCCAGAACCUCCUGCCGACCAGAGCCAGGCUCCUGAGUGGUCCCAGAGGGAGCAGAUCCCCCUGCAAGUUGGGGCCCAGAACCUCUCGCUCAGCGUGGAGCUCACAGAAGCAAAACUGCACCACGGCUUCGGGGAGGCAGACGCCCUGCUGCAGGUGCUCCAGAGCGGGACCGGGGAGGCGCUCGCCACUGAGGAGCCUGAGCCGCACCCCCAGGGGGAGCUGUACGCCUGGCCAAAACAAACCCUGGAGAACCUCCGGAGAGAACGAGCUGAGCGACUUCAGAACUUCCGCCGGGCGCGAAGCCUCAGCCCUCAGAAACAGCUGAGCUUCCCGUCUAGCCGGGAUCUCCCCACCCGGGACCUGGGCUUACCCAGCAGGCGCCGAGAAUACCUGCAGCAGCUGAGGAGGGAUGUUGUGGAGACCACCAGGAGCCCAGGGUCAGCGUCAAGGUCUGCUCACCCGCCCUCUGACAUAGAGCUGAUGCUACAAGAAUACCAGCGGGCCCGCGAGGAGGCCAAGGUGGAGAUUGCCCGGGCCCGGGACCGACUGCGGGAGCGGACUGAACAGGAAAAGCUGCGAAUCCGCCAGCAGAUCAUCUCCCAGCUGCUGAGGGAAGAGGAAAAGCUUAAUACCCUGGCUACCUCCAGCUCCCGGUGCACCAGCUCCGAUGGAAGCCUCUCCUCUGGUGUCACCUCUGGCUACAACAGCAGCCCAGCCUUGCCAGGCCAUCUCCAGUCCCCAGACAGUGUGGUGGACACAAACUUGCCAGAUUCCAGAGACUCCUGGAUGGGGGAUGUGCGAGGCCGCUCUGCAGUGAGGAACAGUCACCUGAAUCUGGCUGGGUCUGCCUGGAAAAGCUUAGCCUACAGCCGCAGAGCCUCCCUGGGCAGUUGCUGCUGUUCUCCGUCCAGCUUGUCCAGCCUGGGGACCUCUUCCUCCUCCUCCUACCGGGAUUUGGCCAAGCACAUCGUGGACAUCUCUAUGGCUGAUGUAAUGGCUGCUUGCUCAGAUAACUUGAACAACCUCUUCAGCCACCGUGCAGCAGCCGGCUGGAACCAUCAGGGUGAGGAGCAGGAGGUGCAGCUGUACAACAAGGUGUUCUCUUCCACUCGACACGGCUUCCUGGGGGCGGGCGUGGUGUCCCAGCCGCUGUCUCAUGUGUGGGCAGCUGUGAGUGACCCCACUCUGUGGCCCCUGUACCACCAACCCAUCCAGACAGCGAGGCUGCAUCAGCGGGUGACCAACAGCAUCAAUCUAGUGUACUUGGUGUGCAAUACUGCCCUGUGUGCACUGAAGCAGCCACGGGAUUUCUGUUGUGUCUGCGUGGAAGCCAAAGAGGGGCCACUGUCUAUCAUGGCAGCUCAGUCUGUGUAUGAUGCAUCCAUGCCGAGACCCAGCAGAGAGAUGGUGCGGGGAGAGAUCCUGCCCAGCGCCUGGAUCCUGCAGCCCCUCACUGUGGAAGGGAAGGAGGUCACCAGAGUCAUCUACCUGGCCCAGGUAGAACUCGGUGCUCCAGGAUUUCCCCCUCAGCUCCUAAGCUCCUUCAUCAAACAGCAGCCGCUGGUUAUAGCCAGACUGGCUUCCUUCCUUGGUAGUUAGCAUCUCCCCAUCAAGAUGGCGCUUCAGGAUGCCCCAGAGAUGCUGGGGCAGCUCUCGUUGCUCUCUGUAUCUCGACGCAGGAAGAGCCGAGGCUCCCUGCUUGUGCUGACUGGGCAGCCAGCCCUCAGCCCCGAGUUGCCCACAAAGGCCGGUCAGUACUCUUGGUCACACACGGCUGGCACCUCUGCAGAGCAAGGGGAUCUGAGCUCCUGGCCCUGGCCAUCCAGACUGAAUGAAGCUCCCGUCACGUUUUGGAUUGCUCCCCUUCCUUUCCCAUCUCUGGGACCCUGUGGCAGACAGGCCACUUGCUCACAGCCAGCGGGGCCGGGAGACUGCGGUGCUGACACAGUGCUUCCUUAGUUCAGCGCAGCCCUUGGGUUAGGAGGGAAGCAAGCAGCCAUCGGCCGAGACUCUGCUCAGAAUCUGUCUCCAGCGUUCAGCUCCACGGCGGGACAAGUGCUAGGAAAUACCAAAACAGAAAAAUGGUUUAAAAAAACAGCUGCACAAACCAGAACACUGAUUUAGAAUUGUUUCUUCUUGUUGAAUUUUUACAAGAUGCUUUAUUAAGUUUUGCUUUGCUCCCUUCUUCCUUUCUCUCUCAGGAGAAGACAUUUGUUGGGGUCUUUGCUCCAGUCAGGAGCACUGAGCAGUGCUCUGAGGCAGAGCCAUCACCCAGAGCUCAGUGGAGUGGGAGGACCACCAUAGAAGCUCGUGGGAUGGAGCUGGGGUCAGGGCGAGGGCCUAGCUCUUUGAGGGGACUGGGGGUGGGGGGUUGUCUCUCACUUGUCUUUCAGUGAGGGAAAGUUGUCUUUUGAAGACAGGAAGGAAGACGAUGGACCUCCUAGAGGAGGUAAGUGACUUGUUAGGAGGAAGCUCAGUUCCAUUCCUUACCUCACUCAGAGCCUUGGUCCCAGCCUUCAGCGGUCUCUCGAGCAUUCCACGUGAUGCUGUCGCCCCUUCUAGUCUAGGAUGGGCUGGAGAAUGGGUUCAGUUUUCUUGUACCUUAGCCUGGCUGAACCCGAGCACUGAAUAUUCUCUGUGGUUACCUGUAAGUGGUAGGGAUGGGCAAGAUUCUCAGUUUCAGUUCUGCGCACCAGAAGAGGGAGACCACACAGGGAUUGACAAGAUGUGGUAAAAAGGUAAAUUACUGUACAGUAGAGAUUUAUUUUUCUAAAAGUGUUUGCAGGAUUUUCUUCUCUUACCUCAGAUUAAGUUAUUUAUAUAUUAUUGAAGGUUUUUUUUAAUUGCUUUUAAACUUAUUUUUCUUGUUACAAUUUUUUGUGACACUUGAUUUAUUUAACACCCUAUUUAUGUACGCCCAUCUUUUUUUCAUAUAAAUCUCUUACUAAGACCACUGACUGGAAAGGUCAGAACAUUUGCAAAGUAAAAGUCUGACAUGUACUUUUAUUCAGUGAAGACUGGGAUAGCUUUAGUGUGUCAUUUGAGCUCAGAAUUCAGUCUGGAGAUUAUGAUGGCAGCAACUGCUCAUGGCCCCAUUUCAAGUAUAGUUUACGCGUAUGUACUGAGGGUUUCCCAUGAGCUGGGCGCUGCUUUGCACAUAAAUGGCAACCAGGUUAGUUGCCAACUGUGGCAGCCUAUGGCCCUAAUACGAACUUGAGUCGAGGAUUCCAGAACAGUCAUCGCUACACCCAGCGGUGACCACAGUCCCCUGGGAGGAAGCUCAACAGAUGUGCACCUCUGGGACUUCUGAGGCAGAGCCAGCAACGGGAACCUGAAGACGUGAGUAGCCCGGAGGUGACCGUACCCCUACCUAGAGAAGCCCCACAGCAGGCAUGUGAGUCAGCAAAGCUAGAGAACAUUAACUGAGGCUGAUCUUACAGCAAAACGCGGAAGCAUUAAGGAUAAUCCCGGGACCUGGCUCCAAACGACCAUGAUGAAGUCAAACUUUGGUUUAGACAGGUGGUUCUCAAGAGAUCAUUGUGGUCAGAAUCACCUGAAGGACUUGUUACGCCCCAGGGUUUCUGACUCAGUAGGCCAGGAGAGGGGCCCACAUAUUUGUAUUUCUAGGAAGACCCGGGUGAUCAUAAGUUUGCUUGGAAACCACACUUUGAAAACCACUAUUUUAGACAAUUAGCAGAGAGCAGGUAUAUGGAAAGGAACCUAAAUACUAAGUUCAUUGGCUGCCUGUCUGUAAUUCCUGUUAUGUUACUGAUGGCCUAAAGGAGGCCUUUAAGGUCCACACAGGCCAGCAGUUUUCUGAGUUGGGCCCAUGCUGAGUUUAACUGAAUGGCCUUUAACCCAGCAUCCCUGUGGCUUCAGGCUUUCCUGCCCCCUUGCCUGCCUGUCCCACCUCACAUGGAGCUGGGUGUCUCAAGUAACUACCUGCUUCUUACCUCCGGGCUCAGCUUCCCAGGGCAGUGCUUUCGUUCCACCACACCUGAUGGGUGCAGAAAGAUAGAACAUUUCUUAGAACUGUUUUGGUUCCCAGGCAUUCGAACUUCCAGAACUUGCUAUAGUAUAAAUUGGAUUUAAAGGACAAGAAUUAAGGCCUUUGAAAAUGAAGAGAUGAAGAAAAAGGUUCAGAUGCAAACUUAUUAACAGAGUGAUUAACUAGGAAGAGCUGAGGGGUAGGGAGUGUCACAGCCUGACUGGGCAGAAACGGUUAGAGUGGUGUGAGACCUCCCCACCCCCAUUUUAACUUUCUGUGUUGAUGGGACCUACUGUGAGUAAAGGCUCCCCACCAGAUUUGCUAAAGUCAGACAGCAAACCCCUCUAGGCCCAGAGCAUCUUACCUACUACCCUUUCUUCGGUUGGAGAAUUCUGACAGCUGGGAACUGUUCCUCUAAGAAAUACACACGUUUGCACAGAUUUUGCAAGCUACUUCAAGAGGGUUCACUGAGUACCCUCUCCUUCCCCUGAAAGAGCCUGAAUCUCUUUGCACACACUGCCAAAGUAGAAAAACCAUGAAUUUUUCAGGAGUGAAUUUGAUGCACAUUAUCAAGGUAGUGCUUUCUUAGCCAAAAUCAGUGUAUCAUUUGUAGACAUGCUUUUCUGAGCCAACUCAGACACCCUCAGCCACAAUAAAACAGUCAUCACAAAAGCUGCCCCCAUUUAGUUCAGUGGGCAGUAUCUGGUGAGUAGAAACUCGGCACAAUAUCCUAACCCUUUAAAGGGAGCUGCACACAGAAGUCAAUACUGCUGGCAGUGAGUUAACAGAGUCCUCUGGCUCUCUGGCCUGCAGGGCCCCACGUGAUGGAACGUUAGGCACGGCUAAGUGGCCAGGCCACUUGGACAGCUCCGCCCGGUCAACACCCACCUCCAAGCCUACCUGAGACUGCAACCUUCUGUAGGGAAGAGAGUAAGGUGAAAAUAACUAGACAUGAAGCCCUCGGUAAAGAAAACAGUUUAUUUUAAAAAGCGCUAACGUUCUGCCCGUGCUUGGCCCCUGGAUGGAGCUAGGGUCAGACUUACUAUGUGCACGGGGCUGAAGGCAGGCGGGGAAAAGGCAACUUCCUGUCGGGCGAGCCCCACCUCAUCUGUUGCACAUUUUUAAGGAGAUGACAGUCCAGCUCCUGGUGGUGGUAAAAAAAAAAAAAAAAUGCAGUCUCCCAAGAUUCAUGUUUUAACUUUACUCACAAGUUGAGCAGAAGUCAUUUGCCUCUGUCAUGAUUUCCCAAACCACAAAGCUCUAAGAGAUGCUGGGAUAGCAGCAAGUGGGGCUCGAAUCCUGUGUCGAAUCCCCACACGUCAUUUCAUUUAGUAUCCAAGUAAUAAAUGCCAACUCUUCUGUUCCAGGACUGGAGUCUCUAGGCUUUUCCACCACAAUCCUGAAUCAGGUGACCCCUUGUCCUUCCUCUACGACUUGGGACGGUGAGCUUCCAGCCGGUGGCAUGCCAGGCAACCACCCGCUUCCUUCAUACGUGAGCAGGAAGCCUCAAGACAGACUUAGCUACUCCCACACCAGCAGGAGUCGGCAGUGGGCACUUGGGGUGGCUCUGGGGCCUCCUCCUGAGGCACAGUCAGGCUGGGUUCCAGCGUUCUGGUGAGAUGCCCAAGGGAGGGCCACCUCCCGGCCCUAGCUCUGGGCCAGCACAGUCCCCCGGUUUGGCUGCACCAGCUCACAAGCUCUUAGCUGUGGUUCUGGCACAUGGGGCUCAGCUAGAAACAGGCUGAACAGUGUUGCUAAUUCUUCAGAGAAAUCCUGGAAUAAGCAGAAAGAGGAAAGAAAAGGCAGACACAUAAUUCUGAAUGGUUCAUCCUUUCUACCAAAAGUCAAUCCCAAAUAUUGAGCCCUAGCUAACCAGUGAGUAGACAACCUAGUUAUUUUUUUUCCCAACUGCCUUCUACAUUGAAAUGGACUUGAAGCCUUGUCCCAUCUGUACUCCAGGAUGCUCAAGUUCCGGCGGGGAGCGUGCACUCUAAUGGGAGGCUCAGAACCACCUGGGAAAGCAGCAGGAGCAGGAGCCUUCGAGCCUGCCCUCUCUCCAGCCGGUGCUGUGCCGGGGGCCCUAGGACAGGAAUUUGAUCUGCAACUGUGGGAAGAGAGGAAAGCCAAGCUUUAAGAAAUGGAGGCAGCGUCACAUGGCCAGCCCCUGGGAGGAAGAGCAGAAGAAAGCUCCGUUUUCUCUCUUGCUUGUACCCAACCCUGAGAACUGGGGGAUCUGGCAACAAAGUGAUGUGAUAAAAAGGAGCCAUACCAAGCAGGGAUGCUAACUCCACAGAGCACUUUGCCAGAUGCUGCUCAGCAGGAGAAUUGAGGCUUCAGUACAGAAAUCCUCUGCAUACUGAAAACCAGUAGCUGAUGGCAUCUCCUCUUUAUAUCCUCUCUAAUUUUAGUCAUUCCUUCUUAGUUCCUAGUCCAGAUCUUUACUCCUAUACUACUGCCCCAGACCUGGGCCAAACAGUAACUAGGUCUCUGCCCCAAUCAUUCAGCUCUGCUCCUGGUGCACGAAAGCAGCCCCAGACAAUUCGUACAUGAAAUGAGUAUGGCUGUGUUCCAAUAAAACUUUAUUUACAAAAACAA